CGUGGACUCCCGAUUGCCUCCUCAGCAACUUCCAUACCCCCAGCGCGGCGGUGCCGGAGCGAGCAGAGCAGCCGGAGGGCCUGUCGGAUCCGCCGCCGUCAAGAUGAAUGACGCCGAUGUAUCCAAGCAGAUCCAGCAGAUGGUGCGGUUCAUCCGCCAGGAGGCCGACGAGAAGGCCAACGAGAUCUCCGUCUCCGCCGAGGAGGAAUUCAACAUUGAGAAGUUGCAGCUUGUUGAAGCUGAGAAAAAGAAGAUCAGGCAAGAGUAUGAACGCAAAGAGAAGCAGGUUGAAGUACGCAAGAAAAUUGAGUACUCUAUGCAGUUGAAUGCUUCUCGCAUCAAAGUUCUUCAAGCUCAGGAUGAUCUAGUUAACAAAAUGAAAGACGAUGCCAUGAAGGAACUUCUCCUUGUCAGCCACAACCACCAUGAAUACAAGAACCUUUUGAAAGACCUAAUCAUUCAGGGUUUGCUCCGUUUGAAAGAGCCAGCAGUAUUGCUCCGUUGCCGCAAGGAUGAUCACCAUCAUGUGGAAUCAGUGCUGCAUUCAGCAAAGCAUGAGUAUGCAUCAAAAGCAGAUGUCCAUGAACCAGAGAUAUUUGUUGAUCAUGAUGUAUACCUGCCACCUGCCCCAAGCCAUCAUGAUGCUCAUGGCCAGUUUUGCUCUGGAGGUAUUGUAUUGGCUUCUCGAGAUGGAAAGAUUGUGUUUGAGAGUACACUUGACGCAAGACUAGAAGUUGUUUUCCGCAAGAAAUUGCCAGAGAUCCGGAAGCUUCUUUUUGGCCAGACUGCAGCCUAAUCGACUCAUCUGCCGAUGGUACGGCUGCUUCUAUGUAAUGGUUGCCGGCUGCACGCCUGCACUGCAGCCAUAAGGAACUCCGCCUGUUUUUGUCAAAUUGAUUGUUUAAGGUAUUCAUCCCCUAUGUACAAACUACCUAUUGGUUCAUUAUUGUCGCCGAGAGCACCGACUGUUUGUACUCUGUUUGCUCCGAGGAAUAAGAAUAAAGCACCGCCAGACUUUCCAUCGCG